GCCCCAGCGGAUCCCGAAACCGCUCUCGUUCAUCCGCCAAAACCGCCGCCUCGCAUGCGACCGGCCUCCAUGGCUCCUCCGCCUUCCUUCUCCUCGUCCUCCUCGUCCUCCGUCGCCGUCCGCCGCGACCACCCCCACCGUUCCGCUUCCCUCUGGGCCUCGCUCUCGGUCGGCGACCGCGGACGUCCCAGUCGACGCCGCCGCGACUGCCAGUCGGAGCCCUCCUCCCCGUCCCGCCUCUUCUCCCGAAAUGGACGCCUCCACGGCGACGUUAGCCUCAAUGACAUCGUCGGAAACGGCGUCUCCGGCGUCCUCCAUAAGUGGGUUAACUACGGCCGCGGCUGGCGCCCGCGGUUGUUCGUCCUACAGGAUGACGUCCUGUCCUACUACAAGAUUCACGGACCCGACCGCAUCGAGCUUGCUCCCGAUGCGAAGGUGGCCUACAAGGUCAUUGGCGAGGAAUCCAUUCGUCGGAUCUUACACCCAAAGAAUGGCCACCCUCAUCUCCCCUGCAAGCCCGUCGGUGAAGUCCAUCUCAAGGUUUCCUCGAUUAAGGAGAGUGGAUCCGACAAGAAGAGAUUCUCGAUCUUCACGGGGACAAAAAGGCUACACUUGAGGGCGGCCACGAGAGAGGAACGUGAGGCAUGGAUGGAAGUGCUGCGAGCAGUGAAGAGCAUGUUCCCCAGGGAAUUGAAUAGGGAGCUUAUGGCGCCGACUGAUAUGGUGGUCGUCUCCACAGAGAAGCUGAGGCAGAGACUUCAGCAGGAGGGAUUGAGCGAAUCCGCAAUUCAAGACAGCGAGCAGAUUAUGCGGCGUGAGUUUGCUUCCUUGCAGAAUCAGCUUCUUUUGUUUAAGCAGAAGCAAACUUUUCUCCUUGAUACCAUUCGCCAAUUAGAGACAGAAAAGGCUGAUUUGGAGAAUACACUUAUUGAUGAUAGACACAAAGAAUCUAUAGAGUUUUCAUCAUCCUCUAUUCCAGCGCAUGAGCAAUUUAAUGGUAAUUAUUCACCAGAGGAAACUGCUAGUGAAUCUGAUGACAAUGAAAGGCAUGAUGCUGUUAAUGGGAAGACUGAUCAAGAAGAUAUUACAUUUUUUGAUUCAAAAGAUUUUCUCUCAUCAACUUCUCUCAGCUGUGGUUCUGAUUUUCCAAGAUGUCAGAUAGAGUCUGAUGAUGAAAACAGAUAUAGUGUUAGUUCUCUUGAUAGUACUACUGACGACUCCUCUAUGAUGUCUAUGGGAACGAAGUGCAUCUAUAUUAGGAGGCGCAAAAAGUUACCUGAUCCAGUGGAGAAGGAAAAGAGCGUGAGCCUCUGGUCAAUAAUCAAGGACAACAUUGGAAAGGAUCUCACCAAAGUUUGUCUGCCAGUUUAUUUUAAUGAGCCACUGUCAUCUCUUCAAAAGUGCUGUGAAGAUUUUGAGUACUCCUAUCUUGUUGACAGAGCAUAUGAAUUUGGUAAAAAGGGGGAUGGCCUUAUGAGGAUCCUAAAUGUUGCCGCAUUUGCUGUCUCUGGAUAUGCAUCAACAGAUGGCAGAAGUUGCAAACCUUUUAAUCCACUUUUAGGUGAGACAUAUGAGGCUGAAUUCCCUGAAAAAGGCCUACGUUUUUUCUCAGAAAAGGUCAGUCAUCACCCUGCAAUACUUGCAUGUCACUGUGAAGGUAAUGGAUGGAGAUUCUGGGGAGAUUCCAAUUUGAAAAGCAAGUUCUGGGGACGUUCCAUUCAGCUCGAUCCUGUUGGUGUUCUUAAUCUCGGGUUUGAUGAUGGUGAAAUUUUUCAAUGGAACAAGGUGACAACUUCAAUCUACAAUCUAAUAUUGGGCAAACUGUAUUGCGAUCACUACGGCACCAUGCGAAUCCAAGGAAAUGGUGAAUAUUCAUGUAAGCUAAAGUUCAAGGAGCAAUCAAUAAUUGAUCGCAACCCCCAUCAGGUGCAAGGUGUAGUCCAGGAUCGAAGUGGAAAAACCGUAGCAACUCUAAUUGGAAAAUGGGAUGAGAGCAUGCAUUACAUAAUGGGAAAUGGUUCUGUGAAAGGCAAAGGAUCUGAAGGUAUUCCUGAAGCCCGAUUAUUGUGGAAACAAAAUAAACCACCCAAGCAUGCUGCCCGAUAUAACCUAACACGCUUUGCGAUCACACUGAAUGAACUUAUGCCUGGUUUAAAGGAAAAGUUGCCGCUGACAGAUUCAAGGCUCAGACCUGAUCAGAGGUGCCUGGAGAAUGGAGAGUAUGAAAUGGCAAAUGCAGAGAAGUUGAGAUUGGAAGAAAGACAAAGACAGGCAAGAAAGAUGCAAGAAACCGGUUGGAAACCACGGUGGUUCGCCAAGGAUAAAGCAAGCGAUGCAUAUCAUUACGUCGGCGGAUACUGGGAGAGCAGGGAACAAGGAAAUUGGCAAGGUUGUAUUGAUAUCUUUGGCAAAAACUCCAGCGACCAAUUGGUGGUUGAGUAAUUAGUUUGAAACUGUGGCAUCCUUCUCUAUUCCUUUCUUUCCCACAUUUUUCUUUCUUUCUUUCUUUCUUUCUUGUGUUCAGUGAUUACCUUACCAAGUCAGAUGCUCGCUAUUUCGAGCACUUAAAUGCCUUGUAAAUUAUAGAUUGGAAGAUGUCUCCUAUUCUGUUUUUGGAGCAAUGUAAGGAACAUUGCCUCAUCCCAUUACAUUUUCAAAUCCAAGAUAAAUCACU